ACUCUUGCACUGCGUCCGUGUGCUGAGAUAAACUGAGAUGAGGUUGUAGCCAUGGUUGUGUUGAAAGGAAUUCCCCAUAUUUUAUCUCCAGAAUUGCUUUAUGCUCUAGCAAAAAUGGGCCAUGGAGAUGAACUGGUUCUUGCUGAUGCAAACUUUCCUACUUCCUCUGUUUGUGCCUGUGGUCCUACUGAGAUUCGAGCUGAUGGGUUACAGGUCCCAGAGCUUUUGGCUGCCAUUUUGAAGUUAUUUCCCUUGGAUACAUACACCCACAGUGCGGCUGCCGUGAUGGAGCUUGUGGCAAGUGACAAACUGAAAGGUCUGACUGUACCUGUAUGGGACACCUUCACACAGCUUCUAUCUGAUGCAGGGUCACAGGCUCCUCUGGAAAAGGUGGAGAGGUUUGCCUUCUAUGAACGGGCAAAGAAAGCCUUUGCUGUUGUGGCUACGGGGGAGACGGCUCUGUAUGGGAACCUGAUACUGAAGAAGGGGGUCAUCCCUGCUGAGCUACUGCAGUGACAGACACACGCACACACUCACGUAGUAUAUCAGUAAUUCAUACAUAGAUCUACAGCUUGUAAAUAAACAUUUUUGAAUUUU